UUGUUUAGUGCUUAUUGUGCUCAGGUUUCUGUCUAUCUGUAUUUGCUCGCGAAGUCUGAACACCGUGAAUAUGCGAUUAUGAAUUAAAUCGCAUCUCAACAAACGGCGAAAAGCACAGUUUUCUCGGUGAACGGAUAGCAAAGAAAUACAGUCGAGAAAAACGUGUUAUGAUGCGCUUGUCUAUCGUUGAGUUUUUCAAUCCAGCGGCUCACGAUGGCAUAGUAAUGCACAAAGUGUUUCGCUUGCUGCACAGUUGCCAGGACGACUAACGUGCGUGUUGGUGUGUUUGUCGUCUGUUCCGCCGUGCGUGCGUGCGUGAUUGCGCGAGUGUGUGACUGUGUGCGCCGCGUAUACCUGCGGUGUAUUAUGAUAAGAGACCAAUCAUUAUUGGGAAUAUUGGAACGCAGUUCUCGUGUCAAUUUCACAUCGUUCCAAUGCCACGCAACGACGUAGUCUGAAGUAAGCCACCGCGCGCAUCAUGGACUAUCCGGUGUUGGAUCUCUUCGAUCCCUCGGUAGAACCUACGGACCACGUCAACUGCGAGGAGGAACAAGAUCUACUUUGGGACGAUUGUAAUUAUGUCGUAUCUGGAGGUGAAUAUGUACGUGCAACGGAGCAGUUUGGAGAGGACUUUUCCGGAGCUGAGUUUCACGAAACUAGAACAUUGCUCGCCGAUGGCGGGGAUAGAUUUGGAGUUUCCACUGCCACUUUCGACACGAUUGAAGAACUUAUGUGGAUGGGAAAUCAAGGGGGUCACGUAACAUCCUACUAUGGGCCUGGUUUACAAAAAUAUACCUCUUUUCAAGUCCAUGCAACGCAGGAGAUACGACAAAUUCAUACUGUAGAUGAGGGUAUCUUAGUGUUGUCUCAAAGUCAGUUGAGAUGCCAAUUGCGGAGAGGCAUACCUAUAUUUACUCAUACGUCGAUGAAUAUGAACGAUAUGCAAUGUAUGUUACAAAUUUCCCCAGCCAGAUUACUCAUGGGUGGACAUCAGGAUAAAAUAAUUGAUUUUAACCUUGCUAGAGGAAAAGAGACUGGAUUAGUGGAUGUAGAUGAGAAUGGUUGUGCGAUAUUGAGACAACAUAGUAGGCUUAUAUGUGCUGGAAAUCCUGCGGGAAGAAUAGAUCUCAGGGAUCCAAAUACAUUAUCAAUAGAACAUACUUUGGAUACUCACAGUGGUUCCUUAAGUGAUUUCGAUGUUCAAGGAAAUUAUCUUGUUACAUGUGGAUUUAGUAACUGUCGUCAGGGUCUUACUGUUGAUCGAUUUUUAAUGGCCUAUGAUUUGAGACAAAUGAGAGCAUUAAGUCCAGUCACAACUAUGGUAUAUCCUCUUUUAUUAAAGUUCCUACCAAGUUAUUCCAGUCGGCUUGCAGUGGUAUCGCCGCUAGGACAAAUGCAACUACUUGAUACAAUAUAUGCUAAUGUACAACCUUCAGUGACGUGUUUAUAUCAGGUUGCUACUGGCGGUGCGACGAUAUUAUCAUUUGAUGUAGCACCUACAUCUCAAUGUCUUUGCUUUGGAGAUUUGGCAGGCUCUAUACAUUUAAUGUCCACCAACACCCCGGAACCUCAAUUUAAUACAUUUUCUAGGCCUACGGAAUUUGCCGAUCCAAUUGAGACAAUACCAUCGAUUCCUUUUGAUGACGAUAUUACGCCGUAUAGUACAAUACCAAUGGUAUAUUCAGAUCAACCACUUCUAAGUGAUUGGCCUGAAGAAUACUUGAAAAAAGUUUAUAGGAGAACUCCAUCAAUAGAUCCUGAAAUCUUACGCACAAUGAAAAUGCAGGGAACAAUAGGAUACGCACCAAAUCCUCAGGCUUUUCGCAGAAAUCAAAUACCGUACAAUCUGGAAACGGGUACGUCUUCACGACGUGGCUUAGUCGCGAAGCUUUUCGUGGGGGACUCACGGUCUAAAACAGAUGACGGCACCUUUGUAGCCAUACCUAAGCGUUAUCGUAAAAUUGAGUUGAAAUACUCACGGCUUGGUUACGAUGAUUUCGAUUUUGAUCAGUACAAUCGAACCAGCUUUUGCGGUCUGGAGGCUACACUUCCUAACAGUUAUUGCAAUGCUAUGCUGCAGUUGCUUUACUACUGCGAACCUGUAAGGGUAGCAUUGCUCUCACAUUCGUGCCAACGAGAGUUUUGUCUUUCUUGCGAAUUGGGAUUCUUAUUUCACAUGCUGGAUACAUCACCAGGAUUUCCCUGCCAAGCUGCAAAUUUUCUUAGGGCUUUUAGGACAGUACGGGAAGCGUCAGCAUUAGGACUUAUACUGAAUGAUCCAGAAUCGAAGAAAAAGAUCAAUCUGAUAGUGCUCAUACAAAGCUGGAAUAGAUUUAUUCUACAUCAAAUACACUACGAGAUUCUGGAAACCAGGAAGCGACAACAAAAAGAAGAGGAAGCAGCGCGACUUAAAUCAGAUUCCAAAUAUCCUCCAUUUGUUUAUAACGAACAGGAUUUUCCUAGCAUCCUUGAGGACCUCGGUUCUCGAUAUAGGAGUCACGAUGAUGAGAGAAAAAAAAAGAGGAAGCAAGAGGAGGAUGGUAAAUAUAUGUGGAUCACAUCGAAAGACAAGACCACCAAAAAAUCCGCCGAAGACAAUGAAGUGCGAGAUGAUGAAACAGAGAUCAGUCGUCUAUUUGGAUCUGAACAAAUGCACAUACAUCGUUGUCUCAAAUGUGGGCAAGAAGCUACAAAACAUUCUAUCAUGUUACUUUGUAACUUAGUUUACCCGGAAAUAAUUAAUCCUUCUGAAGAGGUACCGUUCACAAAUGUUCUUGCCCGCAGUUUAAGACCUGAGAAAAUUACACCCGCAUGGUGUGACAAUUGUCAGAAAUUUACACCUACUCUCCAGUCUCGACAAUUGACUAAACUACCUCAAAUACUGGCUCUAAAUUGUGGCUUAGAUACUCAGCAGGACAAAGCGUUUUGGCAAAAUCAAAUGGACAUCGUAGUGCAAAACGUGUUGACGGGAAAAGAGAGCAGUCCCAACUCGAGUCCUGUGCCUGUUACUGCGAAGCCCUGUCGAUAUGGCAAUAAUUGCACGCGAACUGGAUGUCGAUUCAGGCACAUUGGACGCGACUCAGAAACAGAAAAAUUAUUAACGUCGUCCUCCACACCAUCUACCUCAUCGACAGCGACCGUUACAUCGCCUCCUAGUCAUUUAUAUUACUUGCAUUCAUGGAUACCCCACAACAUAGAAAUCUCCAUUGAAGAAAACGGAGAAAUGACAGUUAAAAAAAUCAGCGAACCAAGAAGCGAGUUGAAUGAUAUGUUCAUACAGACAAGCAUGAUGGAGAACGGUCAAGAUGACAGAACAGUACAAGUUAUUUCUGAAAACUCUGAAAAUAACGGUGAGGAAAAUAUUGAAAAUUGUUUAGCAUCGAAGAUUGGAAAUUGUAAUAUAACAGAAGAUGACGAAGCUGUAAAAAGUACAAAUCUGGAGAUCUCUUAUAAUACUCAAAGGAUACAGUAUGGUCUCAGUGCUGUUGUCUGUUAUAUUGACGAUAAAAAUAACGAGGAACGGAGAAAUAUUGUAGCACUAUUACGAGUUGGACCAAAUUAUCAUGAACGAUCGGCAGGCAAUGCCGUAUCGCAAUGGUAUAUUUUUAAUGAUUUCUGUAUACAACCAGUGACUCCUCAGGAAGCGGUAUGGUUUAAUCUCGAUUGGAAAGUGCCGUGUGUACUCCAUUAUACAGCGAUACCUGCUCCUGAGCCAACACAGUUUGUCAGUCCUCUUACAUAUGAUGUUUUUGGAGAAGAUAAAUGUAUUGCUCGCAGUGGUGGAACUAGAGGAAUUACAUUUACUCCUUUAGCAUCAGAUGAAAUGCCUAAGAAAGGAGAGUUGGUAGGCAUCGAUGCAGAAUUCGUUACCUUAAAUCAGGAAGAAUCUGAACUACGAAGCGAUGGAAAGAUGUCAACUAUAAAACCGAGCCAUAUGUCGGUCGCGCGAAUCACAUGUAUCCGCGGUAGACAAGGUCCUUUGGAGGGUACACCGUUUAUAGACGAUUAUAUAAGCACUCAGGAACAGGUGGUCGACUAUCUAACAAAAUUUAGUGGAAUCCAACCGGGUGAUUUAGAUGCGAAUUUUAGUAGUAAACAUCUCACAACUUUGAAAUCGACGUAUCAAAAGUUGAGGUUCUUAGUGGACAAUGGUAUAAUUUUUGUUGGGCAUGGCCUGAAAAACGAUUUUAGGGUAAUAAAUUUGGUAGUGCCGCCGGAACAAAUAGUAGAUACAGUUUUGUUGUUUCACUUACCUCAUCAUCGUAUGGUGUCGUUACGUUUCUUGACCUGGCACUUUUUGGGUAAAAACAUUCAGUCUGAAACUCACGAUUCAACCGAAGAUGCGCGAGCAGCUUUAGAAUUGUAUCGCAAGUACAAAGAACUAGAAAGUUUUGGCACAUUGACAGAAACAUUGAAAGAACUUUACGAAGUGGGCAGCCAAUUACAAUGGAAAGUAAGAAUAAAAAUUCUUACAUUUUACAUUAUUAAAUGUCAUGUCUAUGGCCGGUAUUUAUAGUCAGUUCGUAUUUCAAGGCCAUCUUAAAAUGCUAAUGCAGCUCUCUGAUUGAUUCAUGAUGAUACCUCAAGACAGAACUUAAAACGGUCUUGAAUAUAAAAACUGACUAUGAAUACCGGCUUAUAAGUCUCGUUAAAUUUAUUUCUUUAACCAUUAUUUGAUUUUAGGUUCCUGAUAGCUGAUAUGAGGAUAUAUACAAUGAUAUAGAUAAUGAAAUCAAUAGCGAUAAUGACGAUUAGACGAUAUGGAUAUUCAUUAUCAUUGUUCAAAAAGUAUUCAAUAAGCGUUAUUUGCGUUCGUCGCAGUAUCGUAUAAUCCAAUGUUAAUCAUGGAUUUGCCUAUUCAUCAUUCACAGAAAACAGAUUUAUUCAACGCACACGUAAUAUUAUUAGACGGAAUUUUUGAAGAUUUUAUUUCGCAACAUCAUCAUGAAGUUAAAAGAAUUACAGAUUGGAAAACAUUGAUAUUCAUUUAGGCGUUAAUUUCGCUCAUUGUUGCAUGUAUUAGAUCAUUGUUGCAUCUAUAUAUCGAAAAUGUAUACAUAUACAUUUUAUUCAAUGAUAAUACGUCAAAUCAACAUAUUUUUUAACACUGGUAGAGCUAAUUGUUCGUGAAUAGCCCAUUGAAAGAAUUGAAUGAGAAAAUUGUUAAUCAUGAUUUUAAAUAGAAAUUAAGCAUAAUACGAAUUUGUAUAUAUUGUCUGAUAACAUAUUGGCGUUUUGAAGAGCAGUAACGAUCUCGCACUGCCCGAAUAUAAUAUUCACAAGGAGAUGGUAUGAUCGAAAUGCGAAAUGUAAAAUGUAAAACAAAAUGAUACUAAAUAAUUAUAAUUUAUUCGAAAGGGCAGAUUGAGUGUAUCAAAAAUGUAAAAAAAAAUUCUGAGGAAACUGCAACUGAAGUUGGGAAUCCGAUUAAUUGUAAGUUAAGAGAGAUUCUUUAGGUUGACAAACAAGAAAGCAGUGUGGCCGAAAUUACUAAUAUAUAUAUAUAUAUAUAUAUACCCACAUAUGAAUUUUGUGUGAUGUCUGUGUACUUAAAAGACUAACAAAAAUUUAUUAAAUUGUAAAAUAUAUAUUAUCUAAAUAUAUUUUUAAAAAAGUUGGUACUCUUGAUACAUUUGCACUUCGUCGGUCGCGAUGGUCAUGGACCAAAAAAUAUAAUAUGCGUGCGUCUCAGCGCUGUCAGCUUUCCUGUUUAUCAUGCAGGGUUCUAAUACUUAACAUAUAGCUCAUCAGAUCCCAACUUUAACUGCAAUUCUCAGAAACUAAGGCUCAUUUUCUAAUCCCUUUACAUUCUUAAUCAGCACAAUAUUAAAAAAAUAUUUUUAAAUAUUUAUUAAAUUAUUAUUUUUACGUUAAAUAAAUAUUUAAAAACCGUUUUAAAAAUAUUGUCUGCUGAUUUGAUUAUUAGUACAUUUACGCGCAACGACAUCAACGAUUAAGAGUAACAGAAUCAGCCCCUUAAUCCUCCUUUCGAAUAAACGAUAAUAUCUCAUUUGAUUCCGUGCCAUCUCCUUGUCAGUCUAAUUUUCAUUCAUAUCCAUUUGUAUCCCAAAGUGAACAUAUUCCGUCUCGAUCCAUCAAACAAUUGUCAAUAUAGUCGUAAAUAGUUAUAGCGUAAUAGCAAUAAUUGAAUUAUGUAUUUUUAAGUAUAUAAUAGCUCACAGUUUUCUUUUAUACAACGUAUUUUUUUAGUGGAGCAACUUUUGUACGAUUUUGCAAAGCCGAAUUUCAGAUGCGAAUUUUUUUAUAAAUAUUUCAUGGAUUUUAGUUUCCUCAAUCACACACAGUCGCCUUCACAUUUGCGCAAAUACCAGUCACAUUUGCAGUCACGACUGCAAAUAACUGUUAUUCAAUGUCGUUUUUCAAACUGAUUGUCAAACUAAUCCAUUUGCAUGGAAAGCUCUUAAAAUGCGAAAAAAAAUCUAUUCACGAAAAUGUGGUAAUAUAUUUUACAAACUGAC